CCAUUAUCCCAUGUAAAUAGGACUGAAGAUCGCGCGGGCGCGUCCGAAAUUAUCAUUUUCCCGCCUGAUUAAGUUUACUUGCUCGAUACACUUGCCAAGUUCAAGCGAUACCAACGCUGGAAACUCCAGAAGCUCCAUUCGCAUCUCCCAUGGCGACGACGCUGACUGAAACUUCGUCUCCUUCCUCUCCAAUCGCCAUUGGCGAUUGCGAAGUGACGAUCGAGUCCAAGAAAUUCACUCUGGAAUCUGACUCGAAAUGCCUCCGCAUCUCCGUCUCCAGAAAGGCGCAGAUCAACAUCGCAGUGAAAGGAGACGUGAGUAGGAGUAGCAACGACGAAAGUAGGCUCGCAGAAUAUAAAGGCGAGGAGCUCGUAUUCUCGGGCGAUGAAUACUAUUUUGUCUUAAUUAAUCCAAAAGAUGCUGAUUCCCGUGGCAGAUCACUGAUUCAGGAAGUGCUAAAAUUGUAUUCGAAAGAGCUACCUGCAAUGAAUUAUGCUGCUAACACAGGGAAGGAGUCGAUGUUCCUUGAACGAUGCAUAUCCAACGGGAAAUACCGCUCACUCCUUUUGAAAUCAAAAUCUUCAGAAGGUCUUGAGGAGGUUUUGGCUGCAAUUACUUAUCAAAUAUUGCCUGUCGACACACAUUAUGCUGAGAUCCCUCUUGCUGCUGUUAGUGCAACUUACCAGCAAAAGGGUAUAGGCCGCCUCUUGUUCAUGGAACUGAGAAAUAGACUUCAGAGUGUUGGAAUCUGCACAAUAUUUUGCUGGGGAGACAAGGAAUCUGAAGAGUUUUGGUUUAAGAUGGGUUUUGUAUCAGUUGCGGAGGUUGACAGCAAGGGUAGAGCUCGGAGGCUUCCAAUCAGGGCUGACAUUCGAAAAGCAUUAUGUUUUCCAGGUGGUUCAACCCUCAUGGUUUCUCAUCUUAGCAAGGACAUUUCAGUUGAUCCUUCAGAUUCCCUGAAAUUGUCUAUGAGGCAAAGCAAGAUGUUCUCCACUUUUGCUUGCGUUAAAAUACAGGGGCUUCAUCCCUCAGGAGAAAAUUGUACUACUCUCGCAAUGACUACUGGGACAGAGAAUUGUCAACCUGAAGGAUUACUGGCAGAUGGGAUCACAGGAGAAACUAUGAAGGUGGAGGGAUGUUCUCAAAAUCUUGGCAGUGGUAGGGACUUGGUUCCUUCCAACAAAGUGGACUACCAGAACAAAGAACACUGUGCUGAACUUUCUGACUGCAGAGCUCAUGGUGAUGUAGAUCACUGUCAUUGCUCUGGACAGGGCAAAAAGAGGAUAGUCUGGGAAGCUACGUUAUCCUCACUGAAGUCCAAAAAAGUGAAGGGAAGCCAACAAGCUGAUUGUCUGUUACAUUGUGAUGGAUAUCCAGUUUUAGAAAGUGAACGAAGUGAUUUUCGCUUUAAAGGAUGCUUGUCUGGAUUAUCAAGAAAUAACUUCUUAGGGGAAGCUAUUCCUAGCAAUCACAACGAAAAUAAUGCUAAAAUCACCACAUUAGACACAGCUUCAGCAGCGCUGCUCCAAAAUGAAGUUCAUUCUGGAGAAACAUGCUUCAGAAUCAUGCUGAUGGACAUUGCUGAUGAUACUAAGAAAGCCCAUCUCACAAAGGUAAUUGAAGGACUUGGGGGCGUUGUAGCUUCAGAUGGAAGCACAAGCACACACAUGGUAACUGGGAAAGUCAGGAGGACUCUGAAUUUCUGCACUGCUCUCUGCUCAGGAGCUUGGAUACUCUCACCCCUUUGGUUGAAAGAGAGCUUUCAUGAAGGCAGAUUUGUGGAUGAACUGCCAUAUAUAUUAGACGACAAAGACUAUACUCUGAAGUAUAGAUCUGAGUUAAAAGGUGCAGUUAUGAGAGGAAAAGGUAGACCUGGGGCUCUACUUGAAGGGUAUAAUGUAUGCAUGUCAGCUCAUGUUCAACCCCCCAUUAAGACUUUGACAGCCAUUGCAAUUGCUGCUGGUGGAACAAUCAUUCGUCAACUGGACAAAUUGAACGAUCUAUCAAAGACAAUUUUCAUAGCAUGUGAGGAAGAUAUGGAGGAGGCAUUGGUGGCUGUAAAGAAGGGAGCAUGGACAUUCAGCAGUGACUGGUUUAUGCAAUGCAUCAUGAGACAAGAGCUUCACUUGGAGGAGCAACAGUUUGCAGAGUCUCUAUAAGAACAGGUAACUGUAUGCCAGUGAAAUGAAAGGAGUCCUACAACUAAGAUUAGAGAUGUAAAUGGUUUUCGCUCUUUUUGGCAUGAAAUGUACAGGACUGAAAGCACCGUAUUUAUGAAUUACCGAUCAUAAAGAAUCCUUUUAUCCACAUGUGCAUUGUCUGACGAAGGACACCAUUCAAAUUGAUGUUCGGGUGUAAAUUCAAAAUCUUCCCAUAAGUAAGCCGAGAAAAUUCCUUUUACUGCAGGUUGUUUUCUUCACGACUAAACUAGAUAUCUGUAUUAUGUAUUCAAGACCGUGUUCCUAGUGCAUGUAAAUUGAAGGUGCGCAGAUUAUCU